AUGGGUCUCCAAAAUGAAAGUCAACAACUGCACGAGGAGAUGGCAACAAGAAGUGAAAAUAGUGAUACUGAAAGCAACGAGACCUGGAACAUUUCUGGCAACGAAAUUAUCACAAGUGAAGGCAGUGAAGUUGUGUUUUUGGACAUCAAGAACGAAGUUAUUCAAACAAUAUUGAUGCCAACAAGGAGGGGUGGAACCAUCAACAUUGCUAACAAUAAAAUUUUUUCAACCAAAGGCGGGCGUGUUGGGAUUGGCAAAAUUGGCAAGAACUACUGCAACUGGAGGUUGCUUCUUCGUUUCUUUGACAUGGUAGGAACUAGGAAUUGA